CGUGACUCGUGUUGCCCCAUCGACCAAAACACAGGGAAGGUAGGCUGUCAACAACUGUUCCAGAGGUUGUGUGAACCGAGCAGCGUUUCCAGCGUCCACCAAGCGGCCUCCGAAGAUCUAUCUAACCACUGCUCACCUGUCCGGUAGACAGGCCGUCUCAAUGCAUUACAGAGGACCGAAAACACCGAGGCGAUGGAUGUGUGCGAUUUGUUUAGUAGUUGCAGAAAGGGCGACGUUUGUAGAGUCAGAUACCUUGUUGAACAAAGAGAUGUGGACCUCAAUGUGAGAGACAAAUGGGACAGUACUCCUUUGUAUUAUGCCUGUCUGUGUGGUCAUGAGGAGCUGGUCCAGUACCUGUUGGCUAGUGGUGCCAAGUGUGAAGCCAACACGUUUGAUGGUGAACGGUGUGUUUACGGCUCCCUGAAUGACUCCAUUCGCCGCCUGCUUAAAGAUUACAAAUGUGUCAGCGUUCGUGCGAUGCAGCGAAAUGAUUUCAACUACUUUCUGCACAUGUUAUUAGAGCAGGGUCAGCACAGCGAUGUCAAGUUUCUGGUUCAUGGACAAACAUUUCAAGCCCAUCGAUGCGUUCUGAGCGCACGCUCAGAAUACUUCACUGAAAUGUUUGAAACGAAAUGGAAAGGAAAGAGCCUCAUCACCCUCAAGCACCCACUGAUUAAUCCUGCAGCGUUUGGAGCCAUCCUGCAGUAUUUCUAUACAGGACGGAUGGAUAUUGAUAUUAGUCUGGUGGAGGACAGCAGACGCCUGGCUAAGCAGUGCAAAAUGAUCGACCUGAUGGAAGAACUGGAGAAUAAAUGCAAGCAAGUGUAUGAAUUUGUUUCCAACAAACCAGGAAUUUGUGUCAAAGUUCUGAGCUUGGAGCCUCACACGUGUCAACUCCAGGAUGAGAUGGCCCAGCUAGCAGACUGUGCUCUGCCCACUGAGCUGAGAGUUGGAUUUGAUGAGCUUCCAUUUAACAGAGUGGAUCGCUUCCCCACUUAUCCUGAUAUCUGCUUCAGAGUUGAGGGCUACGAUUUUUUGUGUCACAAGGCGUUUUUCUGCGGACGCAGUGAUUAUUUCAAAGCUCUGCUGGAGGACCACUUCAGUGAGGGAGAGCUGCUGCAGUCGCAGCCCAGCAUCCCAGUGAUAACUCUGCACAACAUCACCCAUGAGAUCUUCAUCCACGUCAUGUAUUACAUCUACACUGAUGACACCGAGCUGAUGAUGGAGAACGUGUUGGACGUGUUGUGCGUGGCUGACAUGUAUCUGCUGCCGGGGCUGAAACGCCUCUGUGGGAAGACGCUUGCGAAAACCAUCGGCGAGGACAACGUUCUGCACAUGUGGAAGACCGCCAAGCUUUUUCGCCUCUCUCGCCUAGAAGACCAGUGCACAGAGUUAAUGGCCAAGAUCAUCGAGCGGCUGGUGGAGCAGCCGGAGUUUGCGGAGAUCAUCAAGGAGGACGCCGCGUCGCUGGAGGAGCGACAGGAGACGGACUCGGUCCCUCUGGUGGACGACAUCCGCUUCCACAUCGCCAGCAACGUGCAGACGUACAGCGCCAUCGAGGAGGCCAACCAGAAACUGGAGGCCUUGGAGGAGCUGCUCGCCAGCGUCAAUAUCGACUGCUGAAGGCGUGCACAUGCUUCUGAAAUUUUAAGAUGGACUUUCAAAGAUCUGCAGUUACAUAAAACCUCGAGAGGUGAAAAAACAACAUAUGCGUUUUUAUGUUUGUCGUUUUAUUUAGUUUACUGCAAUGGAAGUAGCUGGCUCUAAUGUUACCUAACUAUAUAUUUAAUGGUAGCUGUUUGGCUGUGCAGAGCUUCCUAUUCACACAAGAGACAGCAAAUGAGAAAAGUGAUUUGGUUUCAGGGUUGUGACAGAAACUCCCCUAACGCUUAAUUUGGAGAUGCAUCUUCUCGCUUUAGAUCAAAGUUGUAGCUUCCGACAUUUCAAAUGUUUUUUUUUCUCAAUUUUAUUUUCCUAUUUAUCAUUUGCAACUAUGUGAAACUUUUUAUGCUUUAAGAAGAGCAAACCCAAACCACACCGUGUCCUAAAAUCUAGAAAUAUUAGGUUAAAAUCGGAUUAUGAUUCUGCUGUCUUUAAAUUUUCAGGCAUUUAAAGGGGUUUUACAGUGAUGUGAGAUCAGUGUUUUUGAACGCGUUUGGAAAACUUGCACUUAACCUCGUCUUCCACUCUAGUGCACUUUGUGUAAACUAAGAAUAAUUAAAUUAUUUUCCACCAAU